ACAGCACGCAACGCAACACAGCCGCCGCCCGCUCUCCGACAAAGUACCGCAACCUCCUUGCCUUCCUCCUCCCAUUCCCAUGGCGACCAAGCCCUGCUUCCUCUGGGGGGACACGCACGCCUCCUCCGCCGCGGCAUCCGACCCCGACCUCGCGGCCGUCUUCGGCUCGGGCGCUCCGGAGACGGCGCUGCUGGCUGCGGCCGCGACGGCGGCGGGCGACGCGGCCGCUGUCUCGCAGGAGCUUGGGGCCGCCGCGGUGGCGCGCCCGCGGCUGCGCCGGAACUCGUCCGGGUCCGGGAAGCAGCCGCAGCAGCAGGCGGGCGGCGGGGCCAGGAAGCCGCCGCAGCGCGGGCUCGGCGUCGCGGAGCUCGAGCGCCUCCGCUGCGGGGGCGACCCGCUGCGCGAGCUCUCCGCCGUGGUCGUUGACGCCGCCGCCGGCGCGCAGGGACACCCGCUGCUCCACUACCACCCCCAUCACCACCUGCAGAUGCCACCCUCGGCGUUCGAAGCCGCCAGCGGCGGCGCGCGCUACUGCUCGCAGCUGCUGGCCCCGGCGCCUCCGACUCCACCGGGUGCCGUGUGCUUCCUCCACCCGCCCGCGGCGGCCGGCUGCCAGAGGGCUCCGCUCGUGGCGCCGGAGCAGCAGUACUUCAGGGACCGGUGGGGUCGCAUGGGGGGCUUCUCCCCGGCGGGCAAUGGCUCCGGCGGUGGCGCCGACCACCAGCCCCUGCUGCUGCCGGCGCCAGAGCACCCUUCAAGCCAAAACACCAUCUGGCGUCCUGCUGUGCCCUCCUCCUCCUCCUCCUGCCUCCAGACCGGCCACCGCUGCGACUUCUGCUGCAGGAGGAUGAGGGCCUUGGCAGAGAGAGGAGCACUGGCACCGACGCCUCCUGCGUCUCCGAACACCGGGGCCAACACCAACACCAUGUCAGACUACUCCAUCUACGAUCUCGCCGCGGCCAUGGCCACCGCUCGCCAGGUAACAACGUCUAUCAACAAUGCAAUUGCUCGUCUAGUCCGCUCAUCAGCUCGUGCGCACAAUACUGUAUUUGCCUGCUUGGUGAAAGCUUCACUCAAUUGCGAUGUACGCUCUGUGCAGGGAGACGCGUUCUUGGCCCUGGAGAGGAAGGGCGGAGCGGCGGCGGCCGAGGCGCCGGCGAAGAAGGAGGUGAGGGAGAUCGAGUUCUUCCCAGCGGCAAGCGCGCACCACGCUUGCGGCGGUGGCCGAGUCUCCUCCGCCCACGACGUGUCGGAGCUCGCGGCGCCCUUCUCCUCCCCGUACGGCGCCGCCGCCGGCCGCACCCCACCGAAGCUGGACCUGUCUCUGAGGCUGUAGGGGGUCGAUCGAUCGCUGUACCUGUUCGGCGGCGUAGGGUUUUAGCUUGUGUUGUUGCUUAAAUGGGUUCUAUCCUACUGUGCUAUAAUACGGUUCUAGAUAUUUGGUUUGUUCUUGUAGUUUUGGAUUCUAGACACGUCGUGCUAUUGCCGUUCUUUUGAUUUGCUAAAAUGCUGCCGAAUCUAUGAUCAUGGAUGGACACAUCAAAUAUGUAUUUAUGUACUGUUUACAUGAGGGUUAAUUUAACCGACAGUGAGACCCCAAUAGCCAAUGAUCAUUGACCAGGCUAGGCGUUGGUCACCACUCAU